AAGUGGACCCUUGUUGCAGUGCAGCCACGAUAUAUGUCCCAUUCGGCCGUGUGCAGACGUAGUGCAAUAUUUGUGGUUAUUUACAACAUUGAAUUUAUUUUGAUUAAACAAAGAUAAUCUAUCUGUCAUAAUUAUCGUACCGGGUAACAUUUUUAUUACUACAAGAGGUUAGAACACUUUAAUAUGCAUUAAAUCAUUCAAAGACUCGAGAGAUACAAAUACAUAUGUAAACGGAACAUCAUCAGAUCAUUGUAAAUAAUAUACCGCCUCCCAUGACGACGUUCAUAGAUAGUGACGUAAACCACAUGAUAUAUAAAAGAGAAGACUUUCCGCAAAACAAAUGUAUUGAGAAACGAAACGUACACCGCGACGCCUGGGACUUCACAGGAUUCAUCUGAAUACAUUUAAUUCAACAUAUAAAAUAGAAAUAAUUAUUUAUAAGAAGGUUAUUGCAUGUGCAAAAUGGGUCUCAAAGAAAGGAACCACAAAUCCUUCGACAAUGAGAAAUCGAAGUCUUUGGACGCGGGAAACAUAGAAGAGGCUUUAACGGCAACAGGUUUCGGAAGGUACAACUUCGGAUUGCUGCUGAUAUGCAGCUGGACACUGCAGGCGAUGGGCAUGGACCUGUUCGGCACCAGCUUCGUUGUUGCCGCCGCCGUCUGCGACCUCCAGCUUACCAUGCAACAGAGAGCGCUGCUUACCGCAAUGCCGCUUGUUGGCGUGGUGGCAGGCGCGCAGUUAUGGGGUUACAUCUCUGACACAAAAGGCCGCAGGCUAACGUUAGUGCUGUCCAUGUCUGUCGGCUUCGUCUUCGCAGCUCUCAGCAGCUUCGCUCCGGACUGGAAGACCAUGGCUGUACUCAAACUUAUAUCAUCUACAUUCACAUCUGCGAGUAAUUCGGGAGCAUACACACUACUGGGAGAGAGUUGCCCGGAGCGUGCUCGCGGUCGUUCCAUGUUACUCUGUACAUGCUCCCUGAUGUGCUCGCAGGCGGUUGUCGCUGUGUUUGCCUACCCCAUCCUGCCGCUCAAGUUUGUCUACUGGAUCGACUUCUUGAGCAUCACGUAUCGACCCUGGCGACUCCUCGCCCUGGUGAUGUCCUUACCCUGCGCCGCUACAGCCUGCCUGCUGCAGCUGUUCCACGAGAGCCCAAAGUUCCUCGUCUCUAGGGGAAAGACUGAACAAGCUCUGGAAGUCUUGAAGAAGAUAUACGCUGUAAACACUGGAAAUUCACCCAGCAACUUUCCUAUCACAAAACUGCUGGUAGACGACGACCACACAGUGUCCCGCGAGGACUCGUUCGUGAAGGCGAUGUGGGAGCAGACGGUGGCGCUGUUCCGGCCCUUCUUCUUGAUGUGUGCGCUAUCCAUGGGCAUUCUUAGCGUCUACUUUGUUGAGCUCUACCCAACACAUUUAAGAGGGAUGGCGUCGUGCCUGUCGGUGAUGCUGGGCAGGUCCAGCGCCUUCCUCGGGGUCAACGCGAUCGGAGCGCUCAUAUCCGCCAACUGUGAAGCCACAUUCUAUGGAUGGUCUCUCCUGUUACUAACUGCGAUAGCUUUUUCCUGGUACUUACCUAGAGACAAGAAACCUGCGGAAUGAACGAAUGUUAUGGAAAAAUUGGUGUUUACAAAUUAAUGCAGAUGGCGCUAGAUUCCGUAACACAUACGGACAGACAGAUGAAACUAGAAGUCUUGUAAAUAAUAUAGAGACUGAAUAUUCUUCACAAUGUAUUUCUACGAAUUUAAACAGCAAUGUAUAAUGUAAAAUUAUAAUACAAUACUAGAUUUUUUUAUUAUAGUUACUAGCUAUUUCCGUGCGGCUUUAUCCGCAUGAUAUUCUUCUUAACUUUCAUUUGUUAAUAUUAAAGGUCAGUGUCAUUGGACAACAAUUAGUUUCCAUUGUAAUGUUACUUUUUUGCUUGUAGUUGUAGCUUUUGUCCCUUUCAUAAAUGACUUUUUUACUAAUUUAUAUGCCCAAAAAUUAAAUAAAACAGGACUUAUUCAAAAAUAUCCUUUGAUUGCUGACA